AUGUGCUACAUUCACCAAUACGUCUCUCCGUACCAGCAGCAGAUGUGCUGUCCUAACCAAUACGCCCCUCCCUACCAGCAGCAGACGUGCUGCCCUAACCAAUACGCCCCUCCCCACCAGCAGCAGAUGUGCUGCCCUAACCGAUACGCCCCUCCCUACCAGCAGCAGAUGUGCUACCCUUACCAAUACGCCCCUCCCUACCAACAGCAGAUGUGCUGCCCUAACCAAUUCGCCUCUCCCUACCAACAGCAGAUGUGCUGCCCUAACCAAUACGUCCCUCCGUACCAGCAGCAGAUGUGCUGCCCUAACCAAUACGCCCCUCCCUACCAACAGCAGAUGUGCUGCCCUAACCAAUACGCCCUCUCUACCAACAGCAGAUGUGCUGCCCUAACCAAUACGCCCCUCCCUACCAGCAGCAGAUGUGCUGCCCUUACCAAUACGCCUCUCCCUACCAACAGCAGAUGGUGUUCUAGUUUUACACUAUCCUAA